AUGCUAACCUCAGUAGGGGUAUCAUCAUCACCUCGCUGUUCAUUGUUUUUAAACCCGAAUGAUCAUCAAGGACAUUUCAAAACACGUGGUGGUUAUGCCAGUAUCAUUCAACCGAAUAAUUUUAUUACUGAAAUUAUUCAUAACGUAGAGUGUUAUCCCUUUAACACAGUUGAAAAUCAUCAGAAUUAUAAUUUCAUAUUAUUCGGGGGAGACGAUCAUUUCUAUUUGAGUGUUUAUAAAGUGGAUCAUAUCAGCAAGAGUGUGAGUGAUAUUUCAAAACCAAUAUUUAUGGAGUCCACACAUGGCAAAAGAAUUACAUUUCUAGCAUUUGCAAAUAUGAUUGAAACAGAUUAUCUGUUGACUUUUGCCGUUGCAGAUAUUUCAAACACUGUUUCAAUCUAUCAAUCAGAGAGGAGAGUUCACUCUGGAACUACUCUUUCCUCGAAGCCUAUCGGAAUUAAGAAAAUUGCCAAUUUUAACUCACAUAAAUUGCCACUAAAUGGAUUGAAAUUUGUGAACGGUAGUGGAGAUGCGAAUCGAUUACAAUUAAUAACUGUCGGUGAAGACCAUAAAUGCAUUCUCACCUCUUUUGAGAGCAACAAAUGUAUUAGCAAAACGAUACUUGAAUCUUUUUCUGCGCUUUCCUCUGUGAAUAUCCGAACUCCAAACGAGGUUGUAAUUGGUCAACACUUUCCUGCUACAUGUCAUAUUUUAGAUUUGAGAGAAAAUAACACCCGUUUAAAACCUUCUCUAUCUUUAAAGUAUGGUAACACAUCUGCAAAUUUUACGCUUCAUGACUCGGAUGUGCAUCCGUCGAAAAGUGAAUUAAUUGGAUGCAGUAUUGGAACUAAUUUUUGUAUUUUUGAUUGUAGAGGAACCUCAUCCUCUGUGGUCCAUACUGAGCUCGCGCAUUCAUCAAGUUUUUGCAAACGAUUCAGAUGGGCAAAUAAUCCAACGCAAGAACUAUUCGCAACCACAAACCCGUUUGACACAAUCAAGAUUUGGAGUUUAACAAGUAGCAGCUCAUACGAUACUAGUAAGCAUGUAUUACAAAGCAACAACAUCUCCUCUAUUUUGCUUUCCACUUAUAAACAGAGUCACAUCAUUGGAGGAAUAACUUGGACAUCGUCUUUUCCAAAUUCCUUAAUCACUGGUGGAGACAGAAAAUUAAACAGCUAUUGUAUUUAG